AUGAAUACAUCACUUUCGACGAAUCCGUACCUCGUUCUGGGGGUUAGCGCGCAUUCAAAGUUUCCAGAGAUCAGGACCGCACACCGAAAACUCGUUCUUAAACACCAUCCAGACAAGGUCCAGGAUCCGGCCUUGAAAGCUGCUAAACGAGAUGAAUUCUUCAGGAUUCAACAAGCCUACGAGAUUCUCAGCGAUGACUCGAAGCGACAGCGAUACGAC